UCCAAAUUUUGGAUAGUUGAGCCUCAUCUAUGCUUUUAUGGUAGUAGCACAAACUGUCCCUAUUAUGGCUGGCAUUGUGCUUUAUUUUAAGUGUAUGUUUAUUUUGGUCAACUUUUUUAAUGGCAGGAAUUGUGCCUAUUUACCAUUCAAUCCCUAACAAUUAUCGCCAUUCCUGGCACAAGCAUAUGUUCAAUAAAUAUAUGCUGAACAGAUCAACAAAUAAAUAAAAUGCUUCCAAUUGUGUCUUUGGGAAUCUUGUGACUGCAAAAUAGAGAAGUUCAGUUUCACAAGGAGAAUAGGUCUAACUUGUUCAACGCUUUCAUAGUAUCAGACUCUGUGCAUAUCUUACUUUAUUUUCUUUUAAGCGUUUCGUUUUCACUGUGUCCAUGUAAGGUUCCUGUUGAAAAUACUUAAGUAAAUGGUCCCAUUCACCUAGACUGCAAUGUUCAACAUCUCCAACCAACUAUUUGCACAUACUUAGUUCAGUUUCAAGUGCAUAAUCCCAUUAUUCUUGCCUUUCUAUGAGUAUGUGGUGACAAUCUCUAGAUUAGUAUUUUCAUCUUUCCUAAGAAUCCCUUUACUUUUGUAAAGUCAUUGAUAUACAAGAGUCCUCUUAGCUAUCUUUACAUGCUGACUUCACUGUGAUCAUACAUUAUUUAAAGCAAGAAGUGUAUCUUAAAUGUGAUUUUUAUGUCCACCAGAGCUCUAGAUAAUUGUGUAAAUGAUUGAAUUAUAUUAAUAUUAUAUACCACAAGUAGCCCAAGUUAGGAAGGGAAAAAGAAACACAGAAGAAAAUAUCGUUGCGAUCCAUCAAUAAACACAUGGUAAAUUGGUACUUUGUCUCAAACUCAGUUGACUUUGUUUAUAACCUGAAAACCUACAGUCGCAUGGUGGCGCUGCAGGAUAAGAUGGAGAAAUUUUUGUAACUGCAGCCUCUCAGGUUUAACCAGCGGAAGUGAAAGCACAGGAUAAAACCAGAGAAAGGAGGCUUUGCCGGAGAAAGACAGGACAUCGCCAACACCCUCCAGACAGGAACACGAGUGCUUAGCUUCCUAAAGUCCAGGAGAGAGGAGCUUUGAGAGCUGCUCGAGACUGAAGUGAAAACUUGCAGUGGAAAGUUUGUCUAAGAAGUCAUGGAGCUGGGAGACAGAAGCCAUCCACAGAUAAGGCAAGUGGUGCUUUUCUUUGUUUACCUGGGUGGGUUCACGGUCCUCUCGGAGACCUGGAGAUAUUCUGUGGCAGAGGAAACAGAAGUCGGCUCCUUUAUAGCCAACGUGAUUGAAAAUAUGGGUUGCAGUGUGGAAGAACUGGCUGCACGUGGAGCCAGAGUCAUCUUUGAUGAUUAUAAACCAUAUUUGCGGUUGGAUCUGCAGACUGGCCACUUGCUCUUGAAUGAACAACUGGACAGGGAGGCACUUUGUGAUUUCAGUGAACCCUGUAUAUUGCACUUCCAGAUGCUCCUUGAAAACCCCUUACAGUUUUUUCAAGCUGAGCUGUUUGUCACAGACAUAAAUGACCAUACACCCACAUUCCUAGACAAACACAUACUUCUAAAAAUCUCAGAAGGUACUACUCCUGGAACUGCAUUCCAAAUGGAUAGUGCCCAGGACUUAGAUGUAGGAAGGAAUGGUGUCCAAAACUAUACAAUAAAUCUCAAUGCCCAUUUCCACCUGGAAUCAAAAGAUAGCAAUGAAGGUGGUGAAUACCCAGAGCUGAUACUGGAUCAAUCUCUGGAUAGAGAAAAGGAAUCAGAGUUCACAUUAACUCUGACAGCCAUAGAUGGCGGCUCCCCACCAAGAACUGGGACAGCUCUUAUUCAAGUUGUGGUCCUGGAUAUAAAUGACAAUGUUCCUGAAUUUGAAAGGCCAGUGUAUGAGGUGCAGAUACCAGAGAACAGCCCUUUGGACUUCUUGGUAAUCAAGGUGUCUGCUACAGAUUUGGAUGCAGGAAUAAAUGGAGAAAUAUCAUACUCAUUUUCUCACAUGUCUAGAGAUGUACGGAAAACAUUUGAAAUCCAUCCAGUUUCGGGUGAGAUCCAUUUAAAAGCAUGUUUAGAUUUUGAAGUAAUUCAGUCAUAUUCAAUAAAUGUCCAGGCCACUGAUGGUGGGAAUCUUUCGGGAAAAUCAUCCAUUAUAGUUCAGGUUAUAGAUGUAAAUGACAACCCACCAGAAAUAGCCAUUACAUCUCUUACCAGCCCCAUACCAGAAAAUUCUUCACCAGAGAUGGUGGUUGCUGUACUCAGUUUAAGAGAUAAAGACUCUGGAGACAACGGGAAGAUGGUUUGCUCAAUUCAAGACAACCUUCCCUUUUUCUUGAAGCCUACUUUCAAAAAUUUCUACUCCCUGGUAAUGGAGCAUCCACUGGACAGAGAAAGAAGAGACCUGUACAACAUCACCAUCACCGUCUCAGACAUGGGCACACCCAGGCUGAAAACGGAGCACAACAUAACAGUGCAGGUGUCCGACGUGAACGACAACGCCCCAGCCUUCAGCCAAACCUCCUACACCCUGCUGGUCCCAGAGAACAACAGCCCUGGCCUGCACAUAGGCACAGUGAGCGCCACAGACAGAGACUCAGGCACCAAUGCCCAGAUCACCUACUCGCUGCUGCCGCCCCAGGAAGGCGACCAAGACCCGCAGCUGGCCCUCGCCUCGCUGCUGUCCAUCCACGCGGACAGCGGGCAGCUGUUCGCCCUGCGCGCGCUGGACUACGAGGCGCUGCGGGCCUUCGAGUUCCGCGUGGGCGCCGCCGACCGUGGCUCGCCCGCGCUCAGCAGCCAGGCGCUGGUGCGCGUGCUGGUGCUGGACGCCAACGACCACGCGCCCUUCGUGCUCUACCCGCCGCACAACGCGUCGACGCCCUGCACCGAGCUGCUGCCCAGGGCGGCCGAGCCCGGCUACCUGCUCACCAAGGUGGUGGCGGUGGACGGCGACUCGGGCCGCAACGCCUGGCUGUCCUUCCAGCUGCUGCAGGCCAGCGAGCCCGGGCUGUUCAGCGUGUGGGCGCACAAUGGCGAGGUGCGCACCGCCAGGCUGCUGAGCGAGCGCGACGCGCCCAGGCACAGGCUGCUCGUGCUGGUCCAGGACAAUGGCGAGCCGCCGCUGUCGGCCAGCGUCACGCUGCACGUGCUGCUGGUGGACGGCUUCUCGCAGCCCUACCUGCCCGUGGCCGAGGGCGCGCGCGACCCGGCGCCGCCCGACGCGCUCACUGUCUACCUGGUCAUCGCCCUGGCGUCCGUGUCUUCGCUCUUCCUCUUCUCUGUGCUCGUGUUGGUGGCGGUCAGGCUGUGCAGGAGGAGCGGGGCGUCCUCGCUGGCUGGCUGCUCUCUGCCUGAGGGCCACUUUCCUGGACACCUGGUGGACGUCAGCGGGGCGGGGACGCUGUCCCACAGCUAUCAGUAUGAGGUGUGUUUGAUGGGUGGUUCUGGUACAAAUGAACUCAAAUUCCGUAAGCCGCUAUUUCCCAACCUACAAACCCAAGAGGAUGGUGAAGGCAGAGAAAAUGCUAUCGCCCAAAGUAGCAUUGGAUUCUUUGAGGAAUCCUGAAAUUACGUGAUUUUUAUUCCUCUCCAUUUAAAUAAAUAUCCCAAAUGCAGAAUUUGAGAAUGUCAUGAAGGGACUCUCCUUCACAUAUAGAUUUGGUAUUCAACUUUACUCAUCACUGAAAAGUCAUGAAUAUUUGUUCAUAUAUCAAAUUCUCAAUAUGAACUAUUAUCAAUUUGAAAGUCCUUAUUUCCAUUUUGUUUUAUUGUUGCCCAGAAACUUCUUCUAAGUUUUUAUGCUUUAAAGAAAUAUAUGAUACAAAUAUAAUGAAUUAUUAGUAUGUCUUCUGAGAUUAUGAUUUCCUGCUUAGAAUAUUUAAAUGGAGACUAUCUGGAAAAAUGCAUGGUUUUGUUUUGCUAUCUCGUGAAAUGGGAAAGACUACAAUUUCUCUGAAAUGUGAAGGUUUUUCUGGUUUUCCUAAGAACUUAUAGUACAUAAUAUAUAUGAGUAUUAUUGAAAGAUAAUAAUCAACAUUUGUAAAUUUUGAUUCCCUUCUGUGACACUGCCUAGUCCAUCCCAUGUUUUCUGAAAGUGUCUCACCUCAGAAUUGCAGCAAUGUUUGUUUUAUAUGAACCAGGUCUAUGUUUGAUUUCAGACAAUUCAACCAGGUGGCAGACAUUGCUAAUUCAAUUUAAUACAUUUUCUUCUAAGAUGUCUUCAGAAAUGAGUACAUUGUAGUUGCUGUUAGGAAAUUUACAAGAUAAUUAUAUCAUGUUUUCUUGAAUGAAGUAUGGAAUGUCAAUCUACUGAGACACAAAAAUAAAAGAGAUUACAAACAAGAAAUUAAUUGUAGAUCUUCCUGCCAUAUAUGUCCCAGGCCUUGACAAGCCCAAUUUCACUUUGGCGGGGAAGUGAGGAAGAGGUGCAGGGAGGAACUGACGUUUGCUGUUUUAAUAAAUUAAGAUAACACAAUAAGGGCAUUUUUAAUUUAAAGAGUAUGUUUAGGACUAGCAUGUAGCUUAGUGUACAGUGUUUGCCUAGCAUGCAAGAAGUCCUGGGUUUGAUCCAUAGCAUGGUAGGGUGAUGCAGACCUGUGGAAGCAAGAUGACUGGAAUUUCAUGGUGAUUAGGACUACACAGCAAAGUCAAAGUCAGUCUUGGAAUCAGACCCAGUCUUUUAAAAAAAAAUGUGUUUAUGCUGAACCUGAUAAUUAGCAUCAGGGUGCAAGAGACAGGCCCUGAGGAUGCUCAACACCUACCAAAGCAGAGAUCCAGAAGCUCCUAAGUGCUCAUCACUGAAGUAGACUUAAAAAUCACCCACCACAGCUCAGGGAAUUUUGCAGAAGAGGGGUUGGAAAGAUUG